CAUCCCACAAUACCAGGCGGGAGGGCGGGCUGGCGGUUUGUAUCCGGGCUGUGAGGUGCUCGGAACCUCCGCGGACCUUGGAGCCUCUGUCUCUUUAACGCGAGAGGAAGCGAUGCAGAGGGGUGGAAAAUGGCAGAGCUGCAGAUGUUACUAGAGGAGGAGAUCCCGUCUGGCAAGAGGGCGCUGAUAGAGAGUUAUCAGAAUCUGACCCGGGUGGCGGACUACUGUGAAAACAACUACAUACAGGCUACAGACAAGAGAAAAGCUUUAGAAGAGACCAAAGCCUACACAACCCAAUCCCUAGCUAGUGUUGCUUAUCAAAUAAAUGCAUUGGCUAACAAUGUACUUCAAUUGCUGGACAUCCAAGCCUCUCAGCUUCGGAGAAUGGAGUCUUCCAUCAAUCAUAUCUCACAGACUGUGGACAUUCAUAAAGAGAAAGUGGCUCGAAGAGAGAUUGGUAUUUUGACAACAAAUAAGAAUACAUCAAGAACUCACAAAAUAAUAGCACCUGCAAAUAUGGAGCGUCCUGUAAGGUAUAUUCGGAAACCUAUUGACUAUACAGUUCUGGAUGAUGUGGGCCAUGGUGUCAAGUGGCUAAAAGCCAAGCAUGGAAAUAACCAGCCUGCAAGAACUGGCACACUGUCGAGAACAAAUCCUCCUACUCAGAAACCACCGAGUCCUCCCAUGUCAGGCCGGGGAACGUUGGGACGAAAUACUCCUUACAAAACCCUGGAACCUGUUAAACCUCCAACAGUUCCUAAUGACUACAUGACAAGUCCUGCUAGGCUUGGAAGUCAGCAUAGUCCAGGCAGGACAGCUUCUUUAAAUCAGAGACCGAGGACACACAGUGGAAGCAGUGGAGGAAGUGGAAGCCGAGAAAACAGUGGCAGCAGCAGUAUUGGCAUUCCCAUUGCCGUGCCUACACCCUCACCACCCACUAUUGGACCAGAAAACAUUUCUGUCCCUCCUCCUUCUGGAGCUCCACCAGCACCACCUCUUCCACCACUUCUGCCUGUGAACACUGUGAUAGCAGCCCCGGGCUCAGCUCCUGGUUCCCAGUAUGGCACAAUGACCAGGCAGAUUUCUCGCCACAACUCUACCACUUCGUCGGCAUCUUCUGGUGGAUACAGACGGGCUCCCUCUGUGACCGCUCAGUUUUCUGCUCAGCCUCAUGUUAACGGAGGUCCACUUUAUUCUCAGAAUUCAAUUUCUAUUGCUCCACCCCCUCCCCCUAUGCCUCAGUUGACUCCACAGAUACCUCUCACAGGCUUCGUGGCCAGGGUGCAGGAAAACAUUGCUGAUAGUCCGACCCCACCACCUCCUCCUCCACCAGAUGACAUUCCCAUGUUUGACGACUCUCCACCUCCGCCACCGCCGCCACCAGUGGACUAUGAAGAUGAGGAGGCCGCGGUAGUCCAGUAUAAUGAUCCAUAUGCAGAUGGGGAUCCUGCUUGGGCCCCCAAAAAUUACAUCGAGAAAGUUGUAGCAAUAUAUGAUUAUACAAAAGACAAGGAUGAUGAGCUGUCAUUUAUGGAAGGUGCAAUCAUCUAUGUAAUAAAGAAGAACGAUGAUGGCUGGUAUGAAGGAGUCUGCAAUCGAGUGACUGGUCUGUUCCCUGGGAAUUAUGUUGAAUCGAUCAUGCACUAUACUGAUUAAAUUUUUGCUUUUAAAGUAGGUUCUUAUUAUCACUCAGUCAUACUGUGGGACUAUUACGGUUAACAGGAUUGUCUUAAAAUGUGCCCAUAUGUUCAGGACAUGCUGUUUUAUUGGUAUAAUUGAAUGUCUACCUGUAAGCAUAAAUCUCUGCGGCAGUUGGUGUAUUUAUUGCUAAACAGCAAUCUCUACAAGAGGCUGUCUGUCACUGAUUGUGCUUAUAUACUUACUUACACAUUGUUAACUUCAUGACCAGCCUAAAUAUUCUGGGGGUGUGGGGUAUAAUAUUUCACGAAUCAUGGUUCAGAUUGUGCCAUUACAUGUUUCGGUGCAGCAUGGUUACUAAACGCUCUGUCAGACUAAUAUUAAAAUCAGAAAACUUAAA